CCUGAUGAGUUCCUGCUGACAGGAAGCACAUGACCAGGCGUGUUUACACCUCCACUCACUCACUCCCACCGCAGACCGUGGCCGGAACCUUACCCAGUCCUCAAACCGGGACGAGAGGAAACCUCCAGAGUCUAUGUCUAUCUAAGCCGAACCGAAGGGGAAAAAAGGCUCCAUCCCUGCUCACUGGCCUCUGGUAGCCAGUCCCCUUGCUGUCCACCAUGGACGACACGGAUGUGGAACAGGUGACACUAGCUUUGCUCGAUGCAGCCAACGACAAAGACUCAGAAGUCCAGGAGCAAGUCAGAAAGUCGGUGUUGACUCUUGGCAAACAGCAGCCAGAUCGAGUGCUGGCUAUAUGUCAGGAUUACCUCCUGAAACACCCCAAGUUGGCAGUGAGCCACAGAGUUGUGAUACUACAGACCAUUGAGAUGAUCGUCAGCUCCAGGAUAGACGAUAUUAAUUCUCCUAGAAUCAAGAGUAUCAUCUCUUUGGCCUCUGAUGAAAUGACACGCUCAAAGGAGGUCAUCCCUGAGUGGCAGCAGGCAGCCAGUAAUAUCCUGGUUGCUGUGGGAAACAAGCACAUCAAUGACAUCAUGGAGGAGAUACUAAGCAAGUUUCAGCCAGGAAUCUUGCCUCAUUUCUUUGUGGUCCAAACUUUAGCCAACCUCUCUGACUCAAAUGUGUAUGGAAUGGUCCCAUUCCUGAAUGCCAUUCUGGGCACCAUGCUGCCCAUGUUGGGCAUGGCCAAACAGGACAACAUGAAGUGGGUCUUUUCUUCUGCCCUUAGUCAUUUCAGCGACAGCAUUUUGGAGUACUUGGCCAACCUGGACAAAGCUCCAGAUCCCACUGUCAGAAAGGACACAUUUUCGAGUGAAAUCUAUGCUGCUUUUGACAUCCUCUUCAACACCUGGUUACAAAGCAGGGAGGCCAAGCUGAGGAUGACCGUGGCUGAGGCUGUGGGCUCUAUGUGCCAUCUGAUGGCCAGUGACAAACUGGAGGAGCAGAUUCCAAGAAUUAUCCCAGCCAUCUUGUCCCUGUACAAAAAAAACAACGAGCACUUAGUAAUUAGCAAGAGCUUAUGCCAAGUUCUUGAUGUGGCAGUCAACAUGGGCAGCAGGGUGCUGGAAACACAGCUGGAUGGUCUGCUGGUUGCACUGCAUCAGCAGGUGUCUGCUCCUGUGGAUUACAGUGACCCCCCCACCGUUAAGAAUCACAAUGAAGUCCUGCGCUCCUUCAGUUUGCUUGUGAACUCGUUCCCAGACAGGGUGGUUAUGUUUGUUCUUCAGAGGCUGGAGAACAGCAAUGAACGGAGCAGAUCGGGCUCACUGGCUGUACUUCGUCACCUCAUCAAUUCGUCCACUUCUACGAUGGAGAGCAAAAAGCUGUUGAUUCUGGCCAGCAUCAGACAGCCAAUGGCUGACCACAGUAACAAGGUGAAGAAGCGUGUGGUCCAAGUAAUCAGUGCAAUGGCUCAUCAUGGCUACCUGGAACUAGAAGGAGGAGAAUUACUCGUUAGGUUUAUAGUGCAGAACUGUGCUUUACCUGACACAUACCAGCGAGUUCAGAGGCCCACUGAGCCAGAGGAGGUGACUAAUGAAGCGUUAAGGAUGAUGUGUGACAACACUCUUCAUCUUCUGACCACCACUGUUGGACAACUAGCUGAUGUACUAUGGCCCAAGCUGCUGUACUACCUAACGCCCUCACAGUACAGCAAUGCCACCACUCCUCUCUGUAAGAGUCUUAUAGUGCUGGGAAACAAGAAGAAGAUUAACCAGGAUCCCAGCUUCCACAUAGACUUUACUCAGGAAGUCAAUCUGCCAUCUCCUCAAACACUGAUGAUCAGAUUGCUGGUCAAUGCAGCCUUCCCUUUCAGUAGCAGAUGUCACGGGGCUCCAUCCCUCUCACUUCUCCAAAUCCUCAGCAGUAGCAUCCACCCCAAUACAGAGGUUCUCUGGGAGAAAGAGAUACCACCUCUGCUCUCCGCUCUGGAGGAGUCACAGGCUGAGAGUUUGGAAAAAAAGCUGUGGGAUCAAAAGCUGCUGAAGCUCUUGUCUAAAACGCUGACAACAAUUGAUGAUGACAAGUGGGUUUGCCAGUUGGCAGCGGAGGCAACAAAAUACCUUUCUACGUACAACAAUGCAUUGGAGGAGAAGAGCUUCCUGUAUCGAUGUAUUGGAGUGACUCUGCAGCAGUGUUUCAAUAAGGAGCUUGUGAAAAAACAACUGCAGGAAAUCCUUCUCAUCGCGCGACACAAUGAUGCCAUUGAAAGAGAGGGAGUUGCGAUGGGCAUUGGUCUGUGUGCUGCCAGCCACUUAGAGGGAACUCUGGCCAAGCUGGAUGAGUUUGGCAAAUCCGAGGCCUUCAAAAAGUCACCAAGCAUCUUCAACCUGCUCAAGGAGCGCAGUGAUGUUGAGGUGGAGAAGGUGAAGAGCACUUUAAUCCUGUGCUACGGUCAGGUGGCCCUGAACGCACCUCCAGAAAAGAUACUGAACCGCAUUGACCAGGACAUCCUGCGCUGCAUCAGCAAACACUUUAAUACCAAGGUUCUGGGGAUUAAAGUAGAGACAAAGGACCUCACUAUGAAGCUCAGUUUGAUCCAGAGUGUUGGGCUAAUAGCCAAAGCCAUCAGUGAGUGUGUGAAGAAACAAGGCUACAUCUUCUCCCGUAAGCAGGAGCUCAUUACUGUGAUGCUGGAUUUUAUCAAAUCAGAACCAGCUGAUUCUCUGAGGACUCCAGUACGCCAUCUGGUGAUGACCACCUGCGCCAACCUUAUGCCUCUGGAUCCCUCAUUGAGUGAGAAUGAGAGCUUUGACCUGCUAAAGGUGUGUGUGAACAGCGUGUUUUCACUGCCACCUGAAACACACACUCCAGAGAAGUCUAAAGAGGAGGAGAUACUUGACCCAAAGCAGAGAAAGGUGUUGUACAAAGACACAAUGGCGGCUCUGCAAGAGCUUUUGAAGAGUGUUUUGGCCAGGGACACCACCCCUGAUGGUUUACAGAGUGUAUUUAAGCAUAUUGAAUCAUGGCUGAGCUCUGGACAAGACCACGAGAGGGAGAGGGCCGUCACAGCCACUGCUCACGUACUGGCUUAUUACCUGGAUAACCUAAAUGUCAAGAACAUGGUGUCUUUUCACAACCUAGGAGCUCUUCUGGGGCGACUGUCUCCACGCUGUUCGGAUCCUCACCCUCCGGUGCGCCUUGCUGCUGUUGACUGCAUCUACACAUUGCUCUGUAUACAGCAACGAUAUGAAGGCUUCUCUUUUGAUUACAAAGAUGAUGGUGUUGAAGAUUUGCUGUCUCUAAAAGAUCGACUAGAGAACCCUGAUCACACGGUGCUUUACAAGACCUGCUCAGACCUCACCAAGGUGAUGAGUAAGCGUUUGCCUCAGCCACAGCUGACAACGUUGGUGUUCAUGUUGUUUGAAGGGCUUGCAGACAGUCAGACUAACUGCUGCAGAGCUUCUUCCGUCAUCUUAAAUACGCUGCUGAAGAACAGAGGAGGAGGAAUGCAGGAUUUGGUCCCAGAGAUGCUUGAGGUGCUGCAUGUACGUCUGCAAAGCAUCACAGAGGAGCAGGUACGAGUGGCAGUGGGACAGACGGUACUUAUCCUGGCUUCCCAGCAUCUGCAGACGGUCGUUAAUACACUUGUUCAUCAACCACUUCCUUAUGACAGCUGGACCAGUGAGAUGUGGAUGGCUCUGGGAGCAGAUCCCAUCGUAGCCAAACAGAUUAUUGAGAUGGUGAUGGAGAAACUUGUCAUCAUGGCGCCUUAUGUAGACAAGAAGGAGUCGAUGAUGAGGGGAGGGGCAACAAAGGUGGCCACCAGUCAGCCACUGGCUAUGACUUGUGGUCUCAAAGAGCUGCUGCUGAAUGGUCAGAGCCAGGAACCAGCAGUCAGUCACUUUUCUCAGCUCUUCUCCUGUCUCACUGUCAGACUAGGAGCAAGUGUUGGAGUUUUGGCACCAAAGGACAACAACGCUAAACAUGCUGGCUCCAUCCAUGUAGCAGGGGUAGCAGCUGAUGCUCUGAGAAUCUUGCUAGCGCGAGCUCAGUUAGAUGAAGUGACGAAAAGACUAGAAGAAGAAAAUGCCUGGGAUACAAUGAAAGAACAGAACACACACAUUGCGGGAAUCACAUUUUUAGCAAGGGCAAUGGCUAAGCAUGCUGGUCCCAGGUUGCCUGCAAUCGUGGAGUAUCUGUGUCCAUCCCUGAACAACAUCUACGAGUGUCAAAGAGUCACUGUCACCGCUUUCUUUUCUGAGCUAUUGAACCAUCAUGUGGUGACUGAGCUGAUGCUCAUCGACGUGUUGAUGAACAACAUGAUGGAGAGGAUAUCGGACCCAUGCUGCACGGUUCGUAUGCUAGCUGUGCGAGGACUGGGCAACAUAGCGGUGGGAUCACCCGAGAAGGUGAAUAAAUACGCCAAGGAGCUGCUGGCAGCCAUGAGCUCAGGAAUGGAGGAGAAAGAUGAUCCAGGUAAGCUGAUAACACAUGAGGCCAUGGCCGGACUGUCCAAGGUUCUCCUCCACCUGGACAAGAAGAAUGUCCAUUUGCUUGUGGUCUACAUCUUCAUGAAGAUUAAACCAUUUCUGGAAAGUGAGAAUGAUGAUAUCCGGUGCGCUUCCAUCCUUCUGAUGGGGAACCUGUCCAAGUUUGGCUCGGGAGAGGCAGUAUUCAAGGACCAGAUCCACAAUGUUCUGGUCAGCCUGUUGCUACACCUGGCUGACCCAAACCCACAGGUAGUCAAGGCAUGCAAGUAUGCGAUGCGAGUGUGUGCUCCUGUGGUGGGGUCAGAGCAGAUCACAGCCAUGUUCCAGAACCACCUGCAUGAUGACAAGAGUUUGCACUAUGGAGAGUUCAUCAAUGACCUCACUAAGUACCUGAUUCAGGACUUUCCCGGCAUGCUGAACUUUUACCACAUCUCGGUCAUUCAGUUCUUCAAGAGCCACUGGCCUGAGGUCAGAGCAGCCGCUGCCAUGUUUAUAGGGUUCCUGCUGGGUAAUCUUCAACAGGAGCAUCUUUCUCAUCUCAACAUGGGCACCAUCACAAAAGGUUUAGUGAUGCUGCUCCAAGAUCCAGAUCCUGUGGUGAGAGUGAAGGCUGCUGAGGCCAUGGGACACUUUCACUGACACCUAGCAGAUUGUUUUUUUUCUCUUUUAGUCAGUAGUGGGUGGUGAUCACUACAUCAAUAGUUUUAAAGUAUAAUUAUGAGAUAUCGCGGGAGUAAAAAAAUAAUAUGCACACCGUUUUAAAAUGUGCAGCCAUCAGCAAGCUAUCAAAGUAAACUAACUCUUAACAUUCAUUAAAGCCAAAAUGGACCAAGACGUGAAAAAAAAUCAGGGUCAGAAGCCAAACUGUUGUAUAGAAAUAAUGUUAUUAAAUCAUUCAAGUCAAAAGUGAGAACACAUAGCCAGACACCUAAUAGCAACUAGCAGCCUCAUCCAGCUUCUUUUGACUCUUUACUAUGUUACUUGAAGUGUUCAAUUUUAACUAUAUUUUAGUGACCAAGGACUGUGUUUGGAAGAUACAUGGAGUGGGACAACGCCAGAGAUUUACUGUCUUCUUGUAGCAAGAUAUAUUAUAUGAAUAGGAGUUCAUUCAAAUGUAGUUUCUUCAAAUAUUUCAUCUGCAAAUGAGGGUUGAACAUGACUUAUGAUCUUAGCUAACUAUGGCUGGCAGCUGAGGUGUUUGUUUGUUUGUGUGUGUGUGCGUGUGUGUGUGUGAUCAUACCAGCAUUUUGUGGUCACGUAAGUGGAUGUCAGCUUUAGGUUUCAGACAAUCUUCAUAGGAAGGACUCUCUUUCUGUGUCUCUAGCUUGUGUUUAGUAUUCUGGACAGGCUCCCUCUCAGCUGGGAGUUCAUCAAUACGCCCAAAUGAGGAUCCAGAUAUCCGUGUUUACAUCAGUACCACAAAAUGACGUCACCAGAACAAUGAGAUGGUAGAUUUUGAGUAAAUAAGCUUGAAGGUUUUAGUUUUUAAUACAGUAGCUGUGUCCAGUUUUCCAUAUAAUUUAUCCUUGUAAGCAGCUAGCAACGACUGACCAGUAAUCCCUUAUACUCCGCUGACCAUAGGAGAUAGUUACCACAGGUGGUUCCACAGAGGCUGAUGGCUUGUUCAGAACAGGCUUCUGACAUAUGGGUGUCAUACACUACACUUUAUCAUUUACCCACAGAAAACAUUCUUAUCAAACCCGGCCACAGCGUCUUUGGUCACUCUCACCAUGCACUAAGCGUACACCUAAUAAAUCACAAGUAUCACCUGGGAUGAGUUUUAAUCAACCCCCUCGGAGGAAAACAUUCGAAACGUUAAUCGUUUUAGCCGUGGUUGCACCAAUGAGACACACUCAGUUCUGAACAAGCCAGUCAAAUCUUUGCUUACUAGUGUUGUGAGGCAGUGCAUGGUAAAACAUCCACAGUCAAUCCAGUGCCAAAUGUCUGUUAUCACUUAAAGUCACACUUGCUUUAAAGGUUUUUUUUAUACUGAAUUACAUUUUCUUUGUUUGACUGGACAUUGAAACACUUCAGGUUUGUGUUUCAGAAACUUUCAGUUUGUUCUUAGUAAGAGGUUAUGUGAAUUUAACUGAGGUAUUUCUCUAAGUUAUCCACUUCAAAGCCAACUAAAGAGGUACACAAACUCAUCAAUAUCCUAUUAUUUGAGUCUUAGGAUAACCUGAAAUAAGCAGGUGAAUUUUGCACUUUUUUUUUUGUUGUGACAUGCUCCCCCUGACCUGUGCGCUUCCACACAAACCUCAGCUAACUUCCCUUAAUGGAUGUGAUUCAUAAUUUUUAUGCGUUUUUAUGUCAUAGUUGGCCUGCCGGAAGCCUUUUUUUUUUUCAGGUCAUCCCUCCACAUCUACAUCCCAUUCCCAGGAAAUCUCAGGAACGCCUCGUGGGAUUUUUAGCAUUGCACUAAUUGGGUCAUGGUGGUCAGCCGGAUCACUGUGGCUCCCCACAACUCAUAACUGAAAUGUGCGAUUAAAGCUUCACACAAUUGUCUAAUUAGGUGAAAGGAUGAGAUGGUGACAUUUAAAUCCAAAUAUCAAAGGUGAAAUCUUUGAAGGGCUGCCCUCUGCUUUGUGAGUGGAGUCAUAGCUCUGCUUUUAUUAAUUUUCUUUUUUCUGGUCUGGUAUAUGGUGAAUGAUGAAUAGUCAUUAUGCUUUUUUUUUUUAUUUGAUUUUGUUUUUUUAAGUCCGUUAUAAGCAUUAUACCAUCAAUUGAUUUCAUGGAGAUUUUUUUUGCUUUUCUUUUACACAUUUUGAAUGUUAAAAUGUGUGUGUGUGUGUAUCUGACAUGAGGGUACUCUUGUAUGGUUAUUUUUUCUGAGGAUACGUGUGCUUUGAAGUGUGAAUGCUUGUGAUGUCAUUUGUGCCGCUGCACAAGAAGAGAGGGGAGUGUGGAGCAAAUGGAUGAAAUGGGGACAAAUAAACAGAUCU